UUUGAGUCUUAUUUCUCGUGUUUUAGGUUGAUUUCACGCUAGGUUGUUCUUGUUUGUGAUAUUUCAGGUCCUCGUACAUGAAUGAAGGUUUGGGAACGAGUUCGGGGUCGAUUGGACAUUUGGCGAGAAGUUGAGGAACCCACACGGGCACGCCUAAAAUUCCACACGGCCUUGUGACUUGGCCGUGUGGCACCACUUUGCACGGGCAAAUCGCACUGGCCGUGUAUUCGACCCCUUGUGGCCAUGUGGAAAGUCCAGGGAGCUCACACGACCAGACUGGAAAUCCACACGGCCGUGUGCCUCUGGCCGUGCAGCAUGCCUGAAGACCACUUAAGUGAAACGCGAUAUUUCCAUUCUCACACGGGCAAACUAGGAAUCCACACGGCCGUGUGGUCGGGAAAUUCUGGAUUUUAACCCAAUUUCGAGCCAAAGGAGAGGGAAUCAAAUUUUUGAGCAAGAAGCAGAGCCCUAGAGAGAGAAAGUGCUAAGAACACAUCCUAGAAGUUAUUUUGGAGCUGGGUUUCAUCAAUCGAGCUUGGAGAUCAUCAUAGAAGUGAAGAUCAUCAUCCUAUAGCAGAUUUUCCUCAUCUUUAUGAGUAUGACUACUCUGAUUUCUAUUUUCCUCUCUCUCUAUGGAGUAGAACCUUCUCUGACUUGGGUAUGAAGAACCCUAGUUCCAUGUGUUAGGGAUCUAUAUUGUAAUGACUUGGGAUUGUUAUACUGAUUGAUUAUAAUCAAUUGAUGCAUGAUUCAUCGAGUCAAUUGAAGCCUGAUCAUCUUUUAUUGAUUUCUGCUGCAACCUGAGAUAGAUAGAAUCUGAUUAGGUUGUUAGAGCUUCUUCAAUCGGUAGUAGCGAAUCGAUUAUACGAGAGUUAGUCGAUUCACUGCUUUGUACUGGAAUUCAGUUCCAGUAGUGGAGUUCUGCGUUCAUAGCCUCAGCUUUCUAUCCCGGUGAAGACUAGUCGUCUGUCGGGUAGUUGGACUGAGAGGGCUUGGUAAGCUUAAGAGAUUCCAAGCUACUGUCGGAUCUUCCGCAGUUUAAUCAACAGUUAAUCAACCCAGGGUAAUUACAACCUCGACCUAACUAAGGAGCUAGGGGGACUCAUUCCCGAGUGACUCUUCCCUUGCUAAAGAAAUUUGAACCAUUUCCUGCUUUCUUAUUGCUUUUAGCUAAAAUCAUAAUCACUCGACUUAGUUUGCUAGAUAAUAGAUAUUCACGGAGUAGGCAGUAGAUCUAGACCCCAGGUUGACUAAUAGAGCUUGCCUGUUACUGCAUUUCCGGACUGCGAUUACACUUGGUCGUAGUUUGGUGUUGCGUUUUAGCGUGUCAAGUUUUUGGCGCCGUUGUCGGGGAACUUCUAGGUUAUUGUAGAAACGUUAAAGUUUGUUACUUUAGCAUCUUUUAUGCAUCCUCUCUUUUCCACCCUUGCUUUUCACUUGGAUAUUUUGUUUUUGUUGGUGCAGAUCUGAUACAUGGAUCCUCAUGGCUUCUCCAACCAUUGGGGGUAUCCACCACCACCCGAGUGUUAUUACCCCGAGACUUUCUGGAGCAACCAAUGAGGAGAAGACUAUGGAGUCGAGUUUCAGUACCAACCCCUCUACUACUAAGAACAAUCAGACCCUUGGGUAUUUCAAGAACAAUCUCAUUAUCAAGGAGAAUUCCUCCCACAACUAGAAGGGCCAACAGAUCUUGAUUUAGCCACAGCCUUCUCGGGCCAUCCAGCAGAUUCAUGCUACACUCCACCGCCAGAUCCAAACUAUCACUUGAGGCUUCUCGUGGAGCAGAUUGCUUGAGUACCUGAGAGAUCCUUUCCUGAGAUGGAUCCUCAUAUCCAGGCCAUUGCCCAAUCUGACUUCUACUUUCCCCAUGAAACAGAGGAUACCCUUCGGAGCAUAAAGAAGCACAUAGAGGUCAUUGAGAAAGCUUGUGCACAGUUUUCUCAAGACAACCUUUAUGCUGCCAUACAAAUAGAGAAGGAGGAAAGAGAAGACAAUCAUGAGGACGUUGAGGAGCAUACAUAAGUUAUCAUAGAGAACUCCCAUGAUAAUCAUGAUAAGGAAAGUCCUCUGGUGGCAGAUCACACCUUUCCUCAUUUCUGCAAAACAUGUUGGGCCCAUGCGAGGAGAUGCAAGAUGAUCCCAUUGAAGAAAUUGCUUGGCAACUUGCUCUCCAAUCUGUUCGGGAAGAAGAAGAGAGAGCAAGGAUGAGGAAAGAAGUUGUGGAGUAUGAGGAAGAAAUCAAAGAAGAGGUAGUUCUUGAUCUUUUCCAAGGGGAGAAACCACAUUCUGAUGAAGGAAGGGGGGUUGCAGAAGCAAUUGGUGUCCAGGCUAAGGAUGAAGUUGAGGUGGAAGAGGCUUGCACCGGCCAGGAGUUACAUGUGAUAUCUCCACCAAACUUCGAGGAGCUGCUUGGAAAGGACCCAUUUGCAGUGUCUCUUUGCCAGACCAAGGCCACAUCGACAUCGGUCCCUCUUGGUGGACGCAAUGGUGGUCGGUCGAUGCUGUCAUAUCUGGUUUGGGGCAAUGAGAUGAGUGAGGAAGAAAAGAAGAGGUCUCGCGGGUGGAGACUUCUUAUUCAUCAAGUACACUAGCCUACAUCACAUGUCAUACCACCUGCUUGUGACUUGAGACUCCACAUCAUCGACGAGAACCUCAACUUCAAGGAAGUUCUAGCAUGGACCAAAACGUAGGAGUCACCAUUCGGAUCACGACGGUAAACAAGCACUUGUGAGGAGGCAACCCCACCACGGUUUGUUUUUAUUUUGUUUUUUUUCGGUUUCCACUUGGAACUAUGGUUUCUUUCAACCCGUGUGUGUGUUUUCAUGACUCUAGCUCUGUGCGAGUUGGACUGGUCCAUUCCAGUCUCCUACUAUUGACUGGUCUGCCUUCUAGUCACCAUUCCCGCUCAUCAUUUCCUGGUAACAUCGUUCCCCUUCCCUCUGCUCCAUUGAGGGCAAUGUCGAACUUAAGUGUGGGGGUGCUUUGUCUUUAUUGGAACAUAUAUGUGUGUUCUUGGAGCCUAGUCCGCUGUCCAAAUCUCGAGAUUUGAGGGCUCCAAGUACAAAAGUUUGCAUGAUCAUAUUGGCAUUGUAGAUUUGAUGGGUGAAUCGAAUGGCUUUCGAAUUAAUGCAUGAAUACAGGAUUGUAACAAGG